AUGAAGAAGCCGACUCCGUUCCAACCCUCGCACGCUCUCGCGUAUGAUGUGGAGGUCGUUGCGACAGCGUCCAACGGCGACGUGACCUGCCGGUGCAAGUUCUGCCUGUACGAGGGUCGAGACGUGGUGGACGUUGGCGUUUCGGGACGCAAUCGCAAGCAACGCGGUGACAUCAAGUACUUCAAUAAGCCGUUCGUCCCCCACGAGUACCGUAGCCACCACGUUGGCCAGCACGCGGCGUCCUGGACGCGCUAUCAAACGCUGUCAGCGGACGAAAAGAAAUCAUUCUUUGAUGGCAAGACAAAGACCACCAAUUUGCUGCAUCAGCACUUUGACCUUGCCACGGACAAACAAGAGUUCAUCAUCAGCGCAAGCAUUGUUGAAACGAUUGUCGGUGACCUGUUCUUUCGUGGUGGUGAUGAACUGGAGACCAGCAGUGACGCUGAGAGUGAUGAGGACGAGGACACGCCUGCGCUUUAUUCUGUGACGAUCAAGAAUUUCAUGCGCUUCCAGCUAGCAAUGGACCAUGUAUCAAUCCGCAUGUCGUUCCGUCAGACUGCUGCUGCCAUUCAGCACGCCAAGGACCAUACCAAGAUGGGCAAGUUGUCGGGAGUUAAUGAUCAGGUUCUUGACCAGUAUACUCGCGUCCAAGUUGCUGUGACGUUGGAGCAGAUCACACAUAUCCUUGGUGACGAGUCUGUUGGGCGCUGUAGCUUGCUGGAGAUGUCAGCACGCACCGUGGGCAGUCAUUUUUCGACCUCCGCGUGCGUGUUUGCUUUCGUGGAUCUCUCGUCAAUCUGCACCUAG